UAGUGUCAGCACUGUGAGUGUUAAUACCACAACUAAUAAUGUUAACAACACCAAUGCCAGUGCAACUACUGCAAGUCAGAACACCAGCAUUAGUACCCCUGCCAUUGUAAACACCACCAUCACCCUUGCUGCUGUCAGCAGUGCCAUUGUUAACACAGCCACUGGCAAUGGUAACACCACUAUCAGUGCCACCAAUGCAAGCCUCAGCACCACCAUCACUCCCACUGCUAUGUUCAACAGCACUGUUGUCUUUGCUAGUGGUAGCACGUCCUACGUUAACACCACAACUGGCAAUUUCAACAACACCACCAACAGUGCCAGCACUGCAAGCCAGAACAUCACUGUUAGUCCCAGUGCUAUGGUAAACACCACAAUGACCCUUGCUAGUGUCAGCACAGUGAGUGUUAAUACCACAAGUAAUAAUGAUAACAAAACCAAUGCCAGUGCAACUACUGCAAGUCAGAACAACAGCAUUAGUACCCCUGGCAUUGUAAACACCACUAUCACCCUUGCUGGUCUCAGCAGUGCCAUUGUUAACUCAGCCACUGGCAAUGGGAACACCACUAUCAGUGCCACCAAUGCAAGCCUCAGCACCACCAUCACUCCCACUACUAUGUUUAACAGCACUGUUGUCUUUGCUAGUGGCAGCACGUCCUACGUUAACAUCACAACUGGCAAUUUCAACACCACCACCAACAGUGCCAGCACUGCAAGCCAGAACAUCACUGUUAGUCCCAUUGCUAUGGUAAACACCACAAUGACCCUUGCUAGUGUCAGCACAGUGAGUGUUAAUACCACAAGUAAUAAUGAUAACAAAACCAAUGCCAGUGCAACUACUGCAAGUCAGAACACCAACAUUAGCACCCCUGCAAUUGUAAACACCACCAUCACCCUUGCUGGUGUCAGCAGUGCCAUUGUUAACUCAGCCACUGGCAAUGGUAACACCACUAUCAGUGCCACCAAUGCAAGCCUCAGCACCACCAUCACUCCCACUGCUAUGUUCAACAGCACUGUUGUCCUUGCUAGUGGUAGCACGUCCUACGUUAACACCACAACUGGCAAUUUCAACACCACCACCAUCAGUGCCAGCACUGCAAGCCAGAACAUCACUGUUAGCCCCAGUGUUAUGGUAAACACCACAAUGACCCUUGCUAGUGUCAGCACUGUGAGUGUUAAUACCACAACUAAUAAUGUUAACAACACCAAUGCCAGUACAACUACUGCAAGUCAGAACACCAACAUUAGUACCCCUGCCAUUGUAAACAGCACUAUCACCCUUGCUUGUCUCAGCAGUGCCAUUGUUAACUCAGCCACUGGCAAUGGGAACACCACUAUCAGUGCCACCAAUGCAAGCCUCAGCACCACCAUCACUCCCACUACUAUGUUUAACAGCACUGUUGUCUUUGCUAGUGGCAGCACGUCCUACGUUAACACUACAACUGGCAAUUUCAACACCACCACCAACAGUGCCAGCACUGCAAGCCAGAACAUCACUGUCAGUCCCAGUGCUAUGGUAAACACCACAAUGACCCUUGCUAGUGUCAGCACUGUGAGUGUUAAUACCACAACUAAUAAUGAUAACAACACCAAUGCCAGUGCAAAUACUGCAAGACAGAACAACAGCAUUAGUACCCCUGCCAUCGUAAACACCACCAUCACCCUUGCUGGUGUCAGCAGUGCCAUUGUUAACUCAGCCACUGGCAAUGGGAACACCACUAUCAGUUCCACCAAUGCAAGCCUCAGCACCACCAUCACUCCCACUGCUAUGUUCAACAGCACUGUUGUCCUUGCUAGUGGCAGCACGUCCUACGUUAACACCACAGCUGGCAAUUUCAACACCACCAACAUCAGUGCCAGCACUGCAAGCCAGAACAUCACUGUUAGUCCCAGUGCUAUGGUAAACACCACAAUGAACCUUGCUAGUGUCAGCACUGUGAGUGUUAAUACCACAACUAAUAAUGUUAACAACACCAAUGCCAGUGCAACUACUGCAAGUCAGAACACCAGCAUUAGUACCCCUGCCAUUGUAAACACCACCAUCACCCUUGCUGGUGUCAGCAGUGCCAUUGUUAACUCAGCCACUGGCAAUGGGAACACCACUAUCAGUGCCACCAAUGCAAGCCUCAGCACCACCAUCACUCCCACUAAUAUUUUUAACAGCACUGUUGUCUUUGCUAGUGGCAGCACGUCCUACGUUAAGUCUACAACUGGCAAUUUCAACACCACCACCAACAGUGCCAGCACUGCAAGCCAGAACAUCACUGUUAGUCCCAGUGCUAUGGUAAACACCACAAUGACCCUUGCUAGUGUCAGCACUGUGAGUGUUAAUACCACAACUAAUAAUGAUAACAACACCAAUGCCAGUGCAAAUACUGCAAGACAGAACAACAGCAUUACUACCCCUGCCAUCGCAAACACCACCAUCACCCUUGCUGGUGUCAGCAGUGCCAUUGUUAACUCAGCCACUGGCAAUGGGAACACCACUAUCAGUGCCACCAAUGCAAGCCUCAGCACCACCAUCACUCCCACUGCUAUGUUCAACAGCACUGUUGUCUUUGCUAGUGGCAGCACGUCCUACGUUAACACCACAGCUGGCAAUUUCAACACCACCAACAUCAGUGCCAGCACUGCAAGCCAGAACAUCACUGUUAGUCCCAGUGCUAUGGUAAACACCACAAUGAACCUUGCUAGUGUCAGCACUGUGAGUGUUAAUACCACAACUAAUAAUGUUAACAACACCAAUGCCAGUGCAACUACUGCAAGUCAGAACACCAACACUAGUACCCCUGCCAUUUUAAACACCACCAUCACCCUUGCUGGUGUCAGCAGUGCCAUUGUUAACUCAGCCACUGGCAAUGGGAACACCACUAUCAGUGCCACCAAUGCAAGCAUCAGCACCACCAUCACUCCCACUGCUAUGUUUAACAGCACUGUUGUCUUUGCUAGUGGCAGCACUUCCUACGUUAACACCACAACUGGCAAUUUCAACACCACCACCAGCAGUGCCAGCACUGCAAGCCAGAACAUCACUGUUAGUCCCAGUGCUAUGGUAAACACCACAAUGCCCCUUGCUAGUGUCAGCACUGUGAGUGUUAAUACCACAACUAAUAAUGUUAACAACACCAAUGCCAGUGCAAAUACUGCAAGACAGAACAACAGCAUUAGUACCCCUGCCAUCGUAAACACCACCAUCACCCUUGCUGGUGUCAGCAGUGCCAUUGUUAACUCAGCCACUGGCAAUGGUAACACCACUAUCAGUUCCACCAAUGCAAGCCUCAGCACCACCAUCCCUCCCACUGCUAUGUUCAACAGCACUGUUGUCCUUGCUAGUGGCAGCACGUCCUACGUUAACACCACAGCUGGCAAUUUCAACACCACCAACAUCAGUGCCAGCACUGCAAGCCAGAACAUCACUGUUAGUCCCAGUGCUAUGGUAAACACCACAAUGAACCUUGCUAGUGUCAGCACUGUGAGUGUUAAUACCACAACUAAUAAUGUUAACAACACCAAUGCCAGUGCAACUACUGCAAGUCAGAACACCAGCAUUAGUACCCCUGCCAUUGUAAACACCACCAUCACCCUUGCUGGUGUCAGCAGUGCCAUUGUUAACUCAGCCACUGGCAAUGGGAACACCACUAUCAGUGCCACCAAUGCAAGCCUCAGCACCACCAUCACUCCCACUAAUAUUUUUAACAGCACUGUUGUCUUUGCUAGUGGCAGCACGUCCUACGUUAAGUCUACAACUGGCAAUUUCAACACCACCACCAACAGUGCCAGCACUGCAAGCCAGAACAUCACUGUUAGUCCCAGUGCUAUGGUAAACACCACAAUGACCCUUGCUAGUGUCAGCACUGUGAGUGUUAAUACCACAACUAAUAAUGAUAACAACACCAAUGCCAGUGCAAAUACUGCAAGACAGAACAACAGCAUUAGUACCCCUGCCAUCGUAAACACCACCAUCACCCUUGCUGGUGUCAGCAGUGCCAUUGUUAACUCAGCCACUGGCAAUGGGAACACCACUAUCAGUGCCACCAAUGCAAGCCUCAGCACCACCAUCACUCCCACUGCUAUGUUCAACAGCACUGUUGUCUUUGCUAGUGGCAGCACGUCCUACAUUAACACCACAGCUGGCAAUUUCAACACCACCAACAUCAGUGCCAGCACUGCAAGCCAGAACAUCACUGUUAGUCCCAGUGCUAUGGUAAACACCACAAUGAACCUUGCUAGUGUCAGCACUGUGAGUGUUAAUACCACAACUAAUAAUGUUAACAACACCAAUGCCAGUGCAACUACUGCAAGACAGAACAACAGCAUUAGUACCCCUGCCAUCGUAAACACCACCAUCACCUUUGCUGGUGUCAGCAGUGCCAUUGUUAACUCAGCCACUGGCAAUGGGAACACCACUAUCAGUGCCACCAAUGCAAGCCUCAGCACCACCAUCAAUCCCACUGCUAUGUUCAACAGCACUGUUGUCGUUGCUAGUCGCAGCACGUCCUACGUUAACACCACAACUGGCACUUUCAACACCACCACCAACAGUGCCACCAUUGCAAGCCAGAACAUCACUGUUAGUCCCAUUGCUAUGGUAAACACCACAAUGAACCUUGCUAGUGUCAGCACUGUGAGUGUUAAUACCACAACUAAUAAUGUUAACAACACCAAUGCCAGUGCAACUACUGCAAGUCAGAACACCAGCAUUAGUACACCUGCCAUUGUAAACACCACCAUCACCCUUGCUGGUGUCAGCAGUGCCAUUGUUAACUCAGCCACUGGCAAUGGGAACACCACUAUCAGUGCCACCAAUGCAAGCCUCCGCACCACCAUCACUCCCACUGCUAUGUUCAACAGCACUGUUGUCUUUGCUAGUGGUAGCACGUCCUACGUUAACACCACAACUGGCAAUUUCAACAACACCACCAUCAGUGCCAGCACUGCAAGCCAGAACAUCACUGUUAGUCCCAGUGUUAUGGUAAACACCACAAUGACCCUUGCUAGUGUCAGCACUGUGAGUGUUAAUACCACAACUAAAAAUGUUAACAACACCAAUGCCAGUGCAACUACUGCAAGUCAGAACACCAACAUUAGUACCCCUGCCAUUGUAAACACCACCAUCACCCUUGCUGGUGUCAGCAGUGCCAUUGUUAACUCAGCCACUGGCAAUGGGAACACCACUAUCAGUGCCACCAAUGCAAGCCUCAGCACCACCAUCACUCACAGUGCUAUGUUUAACAGCACUGUUGUCUUUGCUAGUGGCAGCAUGUCCUACGUCAACACCACAACUGGCAAUUUCAACACCACCACCAUCAGUGCCAGCACUGCAAGCCAGAACAUCACUGUCAGUCCCAGUGCUAUGGUAAACACCACAAUGACCCUUGCUAGUGUCAGCACUGUGAGUGUUAAUACCACAAAUAAUAAUGUUAACAACACCAAUGCCAGUGCAACUACUGCAAGUCAGAACACCAGCAUUAGUACCCCUGCCAUUGUAAACACCACCAUCACCCUUGCUGGUGUCAGCAGUGCCAUUGUUAACUCAGCCACUGGCAAUGGGAACACCACUAUCAGUGCCACCAAUGCAAGCCUCAGCACCACCAUCACUCCCACUGCUAUGUUCAACAGCACUGUUUUCUUUGCUAGUGGCAGCACGUCCUACGUUAACACCACAACUGGCAAUUUCAACACCACCACCAUCAGUGCCAGCACUGCAAGCCAGAACAUCACUGUUAGUCCCAGUGCUAUGGUAAACACCACAAUGCCCCUUGCUAGUGUCAGCACUGUGAGUGUUAAUACCACAACUAAUAAUGUUAACAACACCAAUGCCAGUGCAACUACUGCAAGUCAGAACACCAACACUAGUACCCCUGCCAUUGUAAACACCACCAUCACCCUUGCUGGUGUCAGCAGUGCCAUUGUUAACUCAGCCACUGGCAAUGGUAACACCACUAUCAGUGCCACCAAUGCAAGCCUCAGCACCACCAUCACUCCCACUGCUAUGUUCAACAGCACUGUUGUCUUUGCUAGUGGUAGCACGUCCUACGUUAACACCACAACUGGGAAUUUCAACACCACCACCAUCAGUGCCAGCACUGCAAGCCAGAACAUCACUGUCAGUCCCAGUGCUAUGGUAAACACCACAAUGACCAUUGCUAAUGUCAGCACUGUGAGUGUUAAUACCACAACUAAUAAUGUUAAAAACACCAAUGCCAGUGCAACUACUGCAAGUCAGAACAACAGCAUUAGUACCCCUGCCAUUGUAAACACCACCAUCACCCUUGCUGGUGUCAGCAGUGCCAUUGUUAACUCAGCCACUGGCAAUGGGAACACCACUAUCAGUGCCACCAAUGCAAGCCUCAGCACCACCAUCACUCCCAGUGCUAUGUUUAACAGCACUGUUGUCUUUGCUAGUGGCAGCAUGUCCUACGUCAACACCACAACUGGCAAUUUCAACACCACCACCAUCAGUGCCAGCACUGCAAGCCAGAACAUCACUGUCAGUCCCAGUGCUAUGGUAAACACCACAAUGACCCUUGCUAGUGUCAGCACUGUGAGUGUUAAUACCACAACUAAUAAUGUUAACAACACCAAUGCCAGUGCAACUACUGCAAGUCAGAACACCAACAUUAGUACCCCUGCCAUUGUAAACACCACCAUCACCCUUGCUGGUGUCAGCAGUGCCAUUGUUAACUCAGCCACUGGCAAUGGUAACACCACUAUCAGUGCCACCAAUGCAAGCCUCAGCACCACCAUCACUCCCAGUGCUAUGUUUAACAGCACUGUUGUCCUUGCUAGUGGCAGCACGUCCUACGUUAACACCACAACUGGCACUUUCAACACCACCACCAUCAGUGCCAGCACUGCAAGCCAGAACAUCACUGUUAGUCCCAGUGCUAUGGUAAACACCACAAUGACCCUUGCUAGUGUCAGCACUGUGAGUGUUAAUACCACAACUAAUAAUGAUAACAAAACCAAUGCCAGUGCAACUACUGCAAGUCAGAACACCAACAUUAGUACCCCUGCCAUUGUAAACACCACCAUCACCCUUGCUGGUGUCAGCAGUGCCAUUGUUAACUCAGCCACUGGCAAUGGGAACACCACUAUCAGUGCCACCAAUGCAAGCCUCAGGACCACCAUCACUCCCACUGCUAUGUUCAACAGCACUGUUGUCUUUGCUAGUGGCAGCACGUCCUACGUUAACACCACAACUGGCAAUUUCAACACCACCACCAUCAGUGCCAGCACUGCAAGCCAGAACAUCACUGUUAGUCCCAGUGCUAUGGUAAACACCACAAUGACCCUUGCUAGUGUCAGCACUGUGAGUGUUAAUACCACAACUAAUAAUGUUAACAACACCAAUGCCAGUGCAACUACUGCAAGUCAGAACACCAACACUAGUACCCCUGCCAUUGUAAACACCACCAUCACCCUUGCUGGUGUCAGCAGUGCCAUUGUUAACUCAGCCACUGGCAAUGGGAACACCACUAUCAGUGCCACCAAUGCAAGCCUCAGCACCACCAUCACUCCCACUGCUAUGUUCAACAGCACUGUUGUCUUUGCUAGUGGUAGCACGUCCUACGUUAACACCACAACUGGGAAUUUCAACACCACCACCAUCAGUGCCAGCACUGCAAGCCAGAACAUCACUGUCAGUCCCAGUGCUAUGGUAAACACCACAAUGACCAUUGCUAAUGUCAGCACUGUGAGUGUUAAUACCACAACUAAUAAUGUUAAAAACACCAAUGCCAGUGCAACUACUGCAAGUCAGAACAACAGCAUUAGUACCCCUGCCAUUGUAAACACCACCAUCACCCUUGCUGGUGUCAGCAGUGCCAUUGUUAACUCAGCCACUGGCAAUGGGAACACCACUAUCAGUGCCACCAAUGCAAGCCUCAGCACCACCAUCACUCCCACUGCUAUGUUCAACAGCACUGUUUUCUUUGCUAGUGGCAGCACGUCCUACGUUAACACCACAACUGGCAAUUUCAACACCACCACCAUCAGUGCCAGCACUGCAAGCCAGAACAUCACUGUUAGUCCCAGUGCUAUGGUAAACACCACAAUGAACCUUGCUAGUGUCAGCACUGUGAGUGUUAAUACCACAACUAAUAAUGUUAACAACACCAAUGCCAGUGCAACUACUGCAAGUCAGAACACCAGCAUUAGUACCCCUGCCAUUGUAAACACCACCAUCACCCUUGCUGCUGUCAGCAGUGCCAUUGUUAACACAGCCACUGGCAAUGGUAACACCACUAUCAGUGCCACCAAUGCAAGCCUCAGCACCACCAUCACUCCCACUGCUAUGUUCAACAGCACUGUUGUCUUUGCUAGUGGUAGCACGUCCUACGUUAACACCACAACUGGCAAUUUCAACAACACCACCAUCAGUGCCAGCACUGCAAGCCAGAACAUCACUGUUAGUCCCAGUGUUAUGGUAAACACCACAAUGACCCUUGCUAGUGUCAGCACUGUGAGUGUUAAUACCACAACUAAUAAUGUUAACAACACCAAUGCCAGUGCAACUACUGCAAGUCAGAAGACCAACAUUAGUACCCCUGCCAUUGUAAACACCACCAUCACCCUUGCUGGUGUCAGCAGUGCCAUUGUUAACUCAGCCACUGGCAAUGGGAACACCACUAUCAGUGCCACCAAUGCAAGCCUCAGCACCACCAUCACUCCCACUGCUAUGUUCAACAGCACUGUUGUCCUUGCUAGUGGCAGCACGUCCUACGUUAACACCACAACUGGCACUUUCAACACCACCACCAUCAGUGCCAGCACUGCAAGCCAGAACAUCACUGUUAGUCCCAGUGCUAUGGUAAACACCACAAUGACCCUUGCUAGUGUCAGCACUGUGAGUGUUAAUACCACAACUAAUAAUGAUAACAAAACCAAUGCCAGUGCAACUACUGCAAGUCAGAACACCAACAUUAGUACCCCUGCCAUUCUAAACACCACCAUCACCCUUGCUGGUGUCAGUAGUGCCAUUGUUAACUCAGCCACUGGCAAUGGGAACACCACUAUCAGUGCCACCAAUGCAAGCCUCAGCACCACCAUCCCUCCCACUGCUAUGUUCAACAGCACUGUUGUCCUUGCUAGUGGUAGCACGUCCUACGUUAACACCACAACUGGCAAUUUCAACACCACCACCAUCAGUGCCAGCACUGCAAGCCAGAACAUCACUGUUAGUCCCAGUGUUAUGGUAAACACCACAAUGACCCUUGCUAGUGUCAGCACUGUGAGUGUUAAUACCACAACUAAUAAUGAUAACAACACCAAUGCCCGUGCAACUACUGCAAGUCAGAACAACAGCAUUAGUACCCCUGCCAUUGUAAACACCACCAUCACCCUUGCUGGUGUCAGCAGUGCCAUUGUUAACUCAGCCACUGGCAAUGGGAACACCACUAUCAGUGCCACCAAUGCAAGCCUCAGCACCACCAUCACUCCCAGUGCUAUGUUCAACAGCACUGUUGUCUUUGCUAGUGGCAGCACGUCCUACGUUAACACCACAACUGGCAAUUUCAACACCACCACCAUCAGUGCCAGCACUGCAAGCCAGAACAUCACUGUUAGUCCCAGUGUUAUGGUAAACACCACAAUGACCCUUGCUAAUGUCAGCACUGUGAGUGUUAAUACCACAACUAAUAAUGUUAACAACACUAAUGCCAGUGCAACUACUGCAAGUCAGAACACCAGCAUUAGUACCGCUGCCAUUGUAAACACCACCAUCACCCUUGCUGGUGUCAGCAGUGUCAUUGAUAACUCAGCCACUGGCAAUGGUAACACCACUAUCAGUGCCACCAAUGCAAGUCUCAGCACCACCAUCACUCCCACUGCUAUGUUCAACAGCACUGUUGUCUUUGCUAGUGGCAGCACGUCCUACGUUAACACCACAACUGGCAAUUUCAACACCACCACCAUCAGUGCCAGCACUGCAAGCCAGAACAUCACUGUUAGUCCCAGUGCUAUGGUAAACACCACUAUGACCAUUGCUAGUGUCAGCACUGGGAGUGUUAAUACCACAACUAAUAAUGUUAACAACAUUAAUGCCAGUGCAACUACUGCAAGUCAGAACACCAACAUUAGUACCCCUGCCAUUGUAAACACCACCAUCACCCUUGCUGAUGUCAGCAGUGCCAUUGUUAACUCAGCCACUGGCAAUGGGAACACCACUAUCAGUGCAACCAAUGCAAGCCUCAGCACCACCAUCACUCCCACUGCUAUGUUCAACAGCACUGUUGUCUUUGCUAGUGGCAGCACGUCCUACGUUAACACCACAACUGGCAAUUUCAACAACACCACCAUCAGUGCCAGCACUGCAAGCCAGAACAUCACUGAUAGUCCCAGUGUUAUGGUAAACACCACAAUGCCCCUUGCUAGUGUCAGCACAGUGAGUGUUAAUGCCACAACUAAUAAUGUUAACAACACUAAUGCCAGUGCAACUACUGCAAGUCAGAACACCAGCAUUAGUACCCCUGCCAUCGUAAACACCACCAUCACCCUUGCUGGUGUCAGCAGUGCCAUUGUUAACUCAGCCACUGGCAAUGGGAACACUACUAUCAGUGACACCAAUGCAAGCCUCAGCACCACCAUCACUCCCACUGCUAUGUUCAACAGCACUGUUGUCUUUGCUAGUGGCAGCACGUCCUACGUUAAUACCACAACUGGCAAUUACAACACCACCACCAUCAGUGCCAGCACUGCAAGCCAGAACAUCACUGUUAGUCCCAGUGUUAUGGUAAACACCACAAUGACCAUUGCUAGUGUCAGCACUGUGAGUGUUAAUACCACAACUAAUAAUGUUAACAACAUUAAUGCCAGUGCAACUACUGCAAGUCAGAACACCAACAUUAGUACCCCUGCCAUCGUAAACACCACCAUCACCCUUGCUGGUGUCAGCAGUGCCAUUGUUAACUCAGCCACUGGCAAUGGGAACACCACUAUCAGUGCCACCAAUGCAAGCCUCAGCACCACCAUCACUCCCACUGCUAUGUUCAACAGCACUGUUGUCUUUGCUAGUGGCAGCACGUCCUACGUUAACACCACAACUGGCAAUUUCAACAAGACCACCAUCAGUGCCAGCACUGCAAGCCAGAACAUCACUGUUAGUCCCAGUGCUAUGGUAAACACCACAAUGACCCUUGCUAGUGUCAGCACUGUGAGUGUUAAUACCACAACUAAUAAUGUUAACAACACCAAUGCCAGUGCAACUACUGCAAGUCAGAACACCAACAUUAGUACCCCUGCCAUUGUAAACACCACCAUCACCCUAGCUGGUGUCAGCAGUGCCAUUGUUAACACCUCCAUCACUGUUGCACUUGUGAGCACUGGCACCAAGAACACCACAAAUGGCAAUGUGAAAAACACCACCAUCAUUGCCACCACUGCAAAUCUCAACACCACUGUCACUCCCACCACCAAGGUCAACACCACUGUCAACCUUGGAAGUGGCAGCAAUGCGAAUUUAAUCUACACAGCUGGUAAUGUCAGUACCACCACAAUUAGUGCUACCAGUGCAAGCCUCACCCUUGUUGGUGUCAGCAUUGCCAAUGUUAACUCCGCCACUGGAAAUGGUAACACCACCAUCACUGCCAUCAAUGCAAGCCUCAACUCCAGUGUGAGUCCCAAUGUCAGUUUCAACACCACAUUCAAUAUUGCUAGUGGCAGCACUCCCACUCUUAUUACUGGAACUGGCAAUGUCGACACCACCACCACUAUUUCUCCAAGUACAAGCAAGAACACCACUGUCAGUCCCACUGCAAGUGUAAACAGCUCCAUCACUGCUGCACUUGUGAGCACUGGCACCAUGAACACCACAUCUGGCACUGCGAACAACACCACCAUCAUUGCCACCACUGCAAAUCUCAACACCACUGUCUCCCUUGGUAGUGGCAGCAAUGCCAAUGUUAUCUACACACCUGGUAAUGUCAGUAACACCACCAUCAGUGCCACCACUGCAAGCCUCAACUCCAGUGUCAAUUCCAAUGUCAAUUUCAACACCACUGUCACUACUGCUGGUGCCAACACUCCCACUCUUAUUACUACAACUGGCAAUGUUGACAACACCACCAUUAUUUCCACUACUACUAGCCAGAUCACCACUGUCAGUCCCACUGCAAUUGUAAACACCACUAUCUCCCUUGGUAGUGGCAGCACUGCCACUAUAAACUCCACAUUUGGCAAUGUUGAGAACCCCACCUUCAGUACCACCACUGCAUACCUGAACGCCAAUGUCACUACCACUGCAAGUGCAAAUACCACCGUCACCAUUGCUUCUGGGAGGACUGCCACUGUUAAUAUCACAACUGGCCAUGUGGACAACACUAACACCAGUGUCACCACUGCAAGCCUCAGCACCACCAUCACUCCUACUGCUAUAUUCAACAGCACUGUUGACUUUGCUAGUGGCAGUACGUCCUACGUUAACACCACAACUGGCAAUUUCAACACCACCACCAUCAGUGCCAGCACUGCAAGCCAGAGCAUCACUGUUAGUCCCAGUGCUAUGGUAAACACCACAAUGACCCUUGCUAGUGUCAGCACUGUGAGUGUUAAUACCACAACUAAUAAUGUUAACAACACCAAUGCCAGUGCAACUACUGCAAGUCAGAACACCAACAUUAGUACCCCUGCCAUUGUAAACACCACCAUCACCCUUGCUGGUGUCAGCAGUGCCAUUGUUAACUCAGCCACUCACAAUGUUAACACCACUAUCAGUGCCACCAAUGCAAGCCUCAACUCCAGUGUGAGUCCCACAGUCAGUUUCAACACCACCACUAUCACCAUUGCUAGUCUUAGCACUGCCACUGUCAACACCAUAGCUGGCAAUGCCAACAAUACCAGUGUCACUGCCACUGCUGCAAGCUACAACACUACAGUCAGUCCUAUUCUGAGUUCCAGCAGCACCAGCACCAUUGCCAGUGGCAUCACUACAUAUGAUAAUAACACACAAGUCAGCAACAACACUUCUGCUUCUAUGACUACCAUUUUCAAAACCACUGUUAAUACCACCACCACCCCUCCUGUUUUCACAGACAGCCAUAAGGCUACAAAAGCCUUUGCUGCCAGCACUACUGUAACUACCAGCACUAGUGACAAGAUCAGUCUCAACAGCACAAUUCCUAGUAAAAAUACUCCUAUUCCCACUGAUGAACCUACCAGUGCCAUUACCACAACUGGAAUUACCAUUAGUUCUAACAAUGCAACACCAUCCAAGGUCACUAUGAGCCCUAGUGUCAGCUCCAGUGCAAGUACCAUUAUCACCACUGGUGAAAUCACCUCCUCUGCCACCAUCACCAUUGUCACUAUACCUACUUCCACUACCAUGGCACCACAGAUCAUUUGCCAAGGUGUAAAUAGUUAUACACUAGAGAAUCAGCUGUUGUCUGGAGAUGUUUCUGCUGUGCUCUGCAACUUCAACAUCUCUGAAUAUGCCUGUUCAUCCUCCUCUAAGGUUGCUGCUCUGUCCUCUGAUGAUCUCUUCAAACUACUGACUUGCAAACUGCCAAGCAACGUGGUCUACUCUAAAGACAUUUGGGUGCUUUUCCUCCAAAAGUUUGCAGCACCUCUCCCGGCAGCUCUGGAUAAGUACUCCAGCGUGACCCCCAGCAUCACUCUGCCUGACCCAUCUUUUCUUAAUGCCAUCGGAGACGUGAUAGUCAGCAGCUUCAGUACUGCACAGCUAAGGGAUGCCGUUUUCAUCACCCAGUGGUUCCAGAUUCAGCUCAGACCAUUUUUAUCAUCAGUGCCUGCAAACUUCCUUUCCAUUCUCAGUUCCAGGACCUUCAGCUGUGAGACCUACCAAGUUGUGGUACAAGCAUUUAGCUCACAAGAACCGGCCAUGCAAGAUAAGCAAAAAUUGUCCGUCAUCAGUAAUUUCAUCAAGCCCUUCCUCAAAGGUCAGUCCUGUGUGCUGCCCGGGAGCAACGACUCAGACUGGCUGGUGAAGAAUUUUGGCCAAUUCAGGAGUUCUGCUUCAUUUUCUGACUUCAUCAGCCUGAAGAGUGACUUCAAUGGAGUAAAUGCAGCAGAGGUUCUAACUUCAUCCCAGUUGGCAGAACUUUGCUCCGACCCCACUCGACUUACUGUUCCCCAGGAUGUAAACACUGUGAUGGCAGCUGUCAGCCCGAACCAAUUCACCUCCUUCUUUGACAACCUCACUUCCAGCAUCCAGCGGAAUGGGUCACUGUACUCCCCUGCGGUGAAGGAAGCUUUCCUCCAGGCGGCUCUGCUGAGACUGUCCUCUGCAGCAGUGCCUGAUUCAGAAGUGCAGCAGUGGGUGACCGUUCGGCUCAGGCCGCUCCUCUCCAGCCUCUCCUCUGCAGAUGUAACACCAUACUUCAGCAUCAUCGGAGGCAGGAGCUGCAACACCAGACAGACAGCAGUGAGCAGUUUGGACUCUGUGAGAUCGUCUUUCAACAGCGACACACAGACCCAAAUCUACAGCAACAUCCAGCAGCUCCUCACUGGGCUGAAUGGUUUGGACUGCUACAGUGGCGGGAGCUUCUAUGCCUUCCUCAAGAACUCCUUCCUCAGUUUUGGGUUUCCUGACCUGAGUACCUUUUUGUCCCUCAUCCCAGCCAGCCGACAGCAAGAGCUGUUGGGCUCCAUCUCUCCAGCAGAACUGAGCGUGUUUCUGAAUGGGCUGAACACAGUCAGGAACGGGUCAGACCUCUGCACGCUCCUCAACAACUACAACAGUACCAACCAGUACCUGCAGACGCAGCCAGUUGUAUCUGCAGCUGUGGGCAGACAGACGUUGGGGUGCGUUUGGUCUCGUGCUCUCAGCGCGUCUCAGGAUGAGGUGGAUCAGUGGUUUAAUGUCAGACUGGCUCAGUACCUGCCCCUCCUCAGCUCUCAGCUCAUCAGCCCCACCCAGCUCAGUGGCGCCUCCUGCCUGUCAUACAGGAAACUGGUUUCAGUCCUGGGGAACAGCUAUAAUUACUCAGCCACGGAUUUCACUCCAGCUGUUGUGUACAGCUCUAUGAAGGCUUAUCUGAACAGCAGCGAUGGCUCUCCACGCUGCUAUAACUCCUCCAAUCCUCUCCUGAACUCUACUGCCUGGUUUGCCAAUAACAUUGGAUUCUUCAUCACCUUCAUCUCCCUCACUGAUCUCCAGUCCUUUGUAUCAGGCAGCCAGAUCGGUGUGUUCCUGGAAAACUCACAGAAUAUUCAGCUGUUUAACAACUCAGGGAUUUCAUCCAAUGUCACCACAUACUACGGCACGCAGCUAUAUAUGAAGAAUCCAAAAUACAACCCCCUCAGUUUGCCAGGUGUCCUCCUGUGUGGAGCUCCUGGCUCUGUAUUUGUGUCUCUGACAACUGCAGACAGCCUGACCAUCCUGCAGAGCCUCAAUAAAUCCUGUCAACAAAUUAGUCAAGCGGCUACUGCGGCUCUUGUGGCAAACUUCCCCACUUUGUCCUCGGAUACCAUCAAGUCACUUGGCAACCAGAGCAUUGGUCUGACUGAAGGCCAGAUCAGUGAUGCUAAACCCGAUGUCAUUAACAAUAAUCUGCCAUCACUGAGCGUCAUCACAGGCUGGAACCAGGGUCAGGUCAACAACAUCAUCCAGAGCAUCACUAAUGCUGGCUUCAGUAUCAACAGUGGCUCCGCCCUGGUGACUCUGGGUACACUCAUUGGAGGUGUUCCCUCAGCAACCAUCUUUGAAAUUCCAGCCACUGAACUUUUCACCGUUUCCCAGAAUCCAACAUUCAUCACCAACAUUCAGACAGCCCCAGUGAUCCUUCAAGAAACAUACGUACUGAAGAUUGUCUCUAUAGAUCAGACUAAAGUGGUGGAGAAUGUCCCAGAUGCUUUGGCAGGGUUUAUCCCACCAGUGCUGCUGUCGUCUCCCACCUCUGUUAAUAUUACACUCAUUAACAAGAAGAGCUGGAGACCAGAACAGGCGGUGGUGUUGUUCAGCUCAGUGGCCAGCGCCAGUGACAACACAGAAGAGCUGUCUGAAUCAAUACUGCAGGGAUUCACCUGCAGUGCAGUUCAGAAUCUACCACGCUCAAAAGUCACACAGCUGGUGAGAGCCUGCAGAGCACGUGCUGGCAGGAACAAGGUCGUCCUGAAAGAGCCUCAGCUGACCUGCAUGUACAACUACGUGAAAGAUGAUUCAAAUCUGACCUUCACUGACCUUCCUGCUGACAUGCUUCUGUACUACAACCUUCAGACACUGACGAAGGUGAACUGCGGGUCGUAUUUCAAAGCUCUGGGUGGAGCGGAUUUCUCGGUUCUCUCCAGCGUCCUCAAUAGACAGUCUGCCUUGUUCACGAAAGCAAAGGACUGCCUGGGUAUAUCUGGUGUGAGUCUGAACAGGACUCAGGUGGAGGUUCUGGGUAAUAUGGCCUGCACACUGGACCCCACCUACAUCCAGAACUCUGACCCACUCAUCCUGGAGAAACUGAAGAACUGUGGAGAUCUUUCUGACUCUCAAGUCACCGCAAUACAGACGCUGCUCUUCUCUGGCAACACUUCUUAUGGUAAUCCCUCAACAUGGACACAGCAGACUCUGGACCAGCUGGGCAUCUUGCCCCUCUACCUCGACCAAAGCUUCUGGGGCAAAUUUAGCUCUACGACAACAACAACCUUCCUGAGUUCAUUCAUUCCAACCCUGAGGAAACAGAAAGUCCAGAAUUGGAAACUCGAGAGAUUGUUUAAAGCAGCCAACAGUUUUACAGCAAAAAGCAUUAACACCAAAGCCAGAGCGGUCACAAGAGCAGCAUGCACAACAGGCAACAUCACAAAGGCAACAAUUGCAGAUCCCUCAUUCCCUUUUGGCUACGACUCCACCCAGUUUGAUGCAUGCUUGGACAACACAUUACUGAAGAACAACAUAGCAGCCAUCACUGAGAAAGUCAUAGACUCCAGCUUCCUGACAAGCAUUCUGAGCAAAUUAAACCAGUUGUUCCCAUCAGGCCUUUCUGACGGUGUGGUGCAGAUUCUGAAUGCUGUGUCUCGUGUGGCCACUGUUAGUGACAUCAGCAAGUGGAACAUCACCACAAUUGACACACUGUCCUCUCUGAUGAAUUUGAUUAAUGGAGACUGGACCUCAGACCAGAGUAAAGCGAUCAUCAUGAAGUAUCUGAGCGUGGCUGUUAACACUCUGGGAACUGCUGAGAUAAACGCAAUCAGCUCCAACCUCUGUUCUUUGGAUUCCAGUGUCCUCAAAUCCAUCACUGCUAAAAGCCUGAAGUCAGCGAACGCUAUGAAUGUAUCCUCAUGUUCCAUUGAUCAGAAAUCAGCUCUGUACAGCAUUGCCAAGUCCUCGUUCAGCACUCAACACAGCGACCCAACAGCAUACUACCAACUCAUCAGCUCUUACCUGGGUGGAGCUCCUGUGGAGGACAUAAUUGCUCUUUCUGCUCUGAACGUCAGCAUGGACAUCACCACCUUCUUGAAUCUGAACCCAGAUGUGAUCAAGGCCCUGAAUGUAAACACAGUGAUCAGCCUGAUGGGACAGAACAAGGCUGACCUGAAGCUGUUUGAGAACACCACAACGGUCAGGAUGUGGGCGGCUCAGCAGUACAAUUCUGAGUUGGCUGUACUCGGACUUUCAGGAGGCAAAGCGGACCCCGUCAGCUCUACGGCUGCACCCGCCACUACGUUCACAACAGUAUUAACUAGCAUCACCAUCACACAGACCAACCAGACCGUCAACACAACGGGUUCAGCUGUUGUACACCGUGGUUCAGGACUGUGGCUCAUCUCUCUGUGUGUAGGACUUCUGACCAUCACACUGCACACACUAUGAUAACCAUCAGCCCAAAUAACCCUCACACAUAGCUCACUUCUAAUGCACUGCACUCUAAUUUAACUCACUAUACAGUUUCACUUUAAAACACUUAAUAUUUGUUUCACUUGUUUAUAAUUAUACAGACAAAUCAAUCCAGUAAUAUUUAUGUAAUUUCUGUAGAUGUUUAUUAAUGUUUUAGCAUAUAAGAUUACUUUUAUUUUGAUUUGAACUGGGA